AUGUAUGAAGAAGAGGGGUGGUCUUUAUGUGUGGACGAAAUUGAAAAACCUAUGUUUGAAGUCAUUGAAGUCACUGGGGUAAUUGACUUGAAACUCGAGCAAUCUCAUCGACUUAACAUGCUUAAGGUUAUGAAUGUGCAUUUCAAAUUUCAUGAAGUCUUUCCUAAUACACAAGGCUCAGCUAUGCAAGAUCCAAGCUCCAAUAGCCAUAAGCCCUCAUGUCUCGACACUCGAGACUGGGGAGCUGUUAUACUCUCCCUUGCAAGACAUAGACGACAGGUCACUCGACCAACUGCGGUUGCAUCGAAUAUCUCCACUCCAUGA